AUGGCCGCUGAGACAUUCUUGCCCCGGGCAGACAGCCCAGUUUAUUUCGUGCUGCUGAUCUGUGAAGAAGAGCCGGCCAUAUCAUUCCCGGGGUACAAUGAACAGUCAGAUGUCAGUACAAACAUUCGCCAAACUGGCCUCGGGCAACAGCAGCAGCCGCAGCAGCCGCAGCAACAGCAACAGCAAUCCCCUGGAGCGAUGCAAUUUGCCUGGAACCUGAUGAAGUCCGUCGUACUACCGAAACAAGAGAACACUGUCAUCUGCCCGAUACUGCCACAGACACUCCUUGCUACGCUGCAUGAUGCGGCCGACAAUGUUGCCAAAGCCGAACUGCGCUCCUCCGUGCUUGCCUCCUCGCGCGAACUGGGAAAGCUGGUCCGCAGCCAGAUAAUCGCUACCCAACAGUCGGGCGUGAACAAGCUCGACCAGGCGAUGGCUAUCUUUCUGGGAGAGAAUACCAAAAUUAGCCUACCGAUCGAAAAGAAUGCGCGCGAAGAUGGAGUAGAAAUUCUACAGGUUAACUUCCAGAAUCGUAAUGCUGCUGCUGCUGCUGCCAACAAUUGGGUGACCAAAAAGUCAAAAGGAUCUAUACGCGAGAUCGUUGGGCCCAAUACCCUCGAUCCCGCUACCCGUAUGAUUAUGGCGAGUGUAAUCUACUUCAAGGGAAAGUGGAAGCACCAGUUCACAAAAACCGAACCAGGACUGUUCGAAACUUCCGAUAGUUCCGAUAACACGAAAGCUCCGGCCGGCAAGAUGGUACCGAUGAUGUACCAGUACAACAAGCUCCGGUACGGCGAGAAAGAAUUCCCCGAUGGCAACGGUAUGCGCUGGGUCGAGCUACCGUACGAAGGUUCGGCCGGACUGUCGAUGGUGCUGAUGCUGCCAAAGGUGCGCCACCAGUUGCAGCGUUCAGCCGAUCAGCUAGACAUUGCGAGCAUGACCGAGUUGAUCGCAAGCCUGAAACAGAACCGUGGCACCAACAAGAUGCAUCUGCACGUUCCAAAGUUCAACAUGUUUAGCUCUCUCUCGCUAGUCCCGGCACUUAAGAGUCUCGGACUUAGAUCGAUCUUUGAGCGUGCGUCGGCCCUGAAAGGUCUUACGAACGAGCAGCUGAUAGUUCGAGACGUGUCCCAACGGACCUACAUCUCAAUUGACGAACAAGGUACCAAGGCGGUUUCUGCAGCGGCCCUAUCGUUUGUCGCACUCAGUGCAGCUCCACCACCACCGACCAUCAACUUUACCGUCAACGAACCCUUCCUGUUGAUGAUCGUGGACAAAACGAAUGAAUAUCCUUUGUUUGUGGGAAAGAUAGUGAAUCCGGAAUCGAACUAA